AUGUCUAGUGAAAUUUCUACUGGCAAAGUAUUAUUAACAUCGAAACCAAUUGAUUUAAGAUGGUUGACUAUAUCUAAUUUACCCGAGACAGCUACUGAAGAAACUAUUAAAGAAUGUUUUGAACGACAUGGUCGUGUUCAAACAGUUAAAAUUAACGAUCAACGUUUUGCUUUUGUUGCUUUUUCGGAUAUACGUACGGCAUCAAAAGCACAUCAUGCAGAAAAUAUUCUUGAUAAAAAACAGUUACAAACAACAUUUCAUGAUAGUUCAUAUUCAGUGCCUAAAAUACUUCUAGAAGUAUCUUCUUCAAUUAUUGAACCAUCUUCAUCAUCUCCUUGUAGUAUAACAACAGUGACUAAUACAUUGACGGAUAAAACAAUAACAACAAUUCAUGACGAUCGAGAUAAAUACUCAUUACGUACUGCUAAUAAUCCUGAGAAAAAUACUCGACAUCAUGUCGUACGUAUUAAAUAUGAUUCAGAUUCACCAAGAAGUAAUAACAAGACAUCAUCAAUAAAUGGUUCUAAAAAAACAGUAAUGAGAUCUUCACGAGACAAGCAUGAAAAUUGUUCUUCUUCAUCUGAAUCUGACAGAUCACAUAACGAAAGUUUAUUUUAUAAAUAUCGUCAUCAAUAUACAUCGAAAUUAAAACGACAAUCAACAAAUUUAAAUCAUUUGAAAACGAAAAUAUUAAAAAUUUAUCCAUUAUCAUCGAAAAUAUCAAGUGAAUCAUUACGUGAAACACUUCGAAAUAUAUUUUCUAAAUUUAAAAUAUCUUCUCAUUUAUUAAGUAUUAAAAUAAUUGAUGAUUAUGCUUUAUUAACAUUUGAAAAGUUUGAAGAUGUUAAUAAAGCAUUAUUAUUUAUAAAAACAAAAUCUAUUCAUGGUAUCAGAUUACAAGCUGAACCGUAUAAUGGUUUAAUAAAUGAACAUAAUUCAAUGAAACGUUCAAUAUGUUCAGAUCUUGAUGUCGAUGAAUAUUCAAUAAAAGCAACACGAACUUUAUAUAUUGGUAAUCUUCAACCUGAAAUAUCUUCUAAUGAAUUACGUGAAAUAUGUUCAAAGUUUGGAGAUAUAAUGGAAAUUGAAAUAAAACGACAACAGCAACAAUCUCAUUAUCUACAAACAUUUGCUUUCAUUCAAUAUGUUGAUAUAAAAAGUGUAAUUAAAGCAAUGAAAGCAUUGAAAUCAAAAUUGAUUCGUAAUCAUUCGGUUAAGUUAGGCUUUGGCAAAAGUCAACCAACAAAUGUUUUAUGGCUUGAUAAGUUACCGUCAAAUAUAACUGAAUCAAUGUUACGUUCAUUUGUAAAUGAUAUAACAAAUCUAUCAUCCGAUGAAAUUCUUGAUAUUUAUAUUGAUAAUCGAACUUAUCACCAAACUCGUAUUGUUCAAUGUUUAAUCUAUUUUAUUGAUAUAAUUGCAGCACAACAUGCAAUUAAUUGUAUAAGAGGGAAAAGAUUUCAAUCAAAACGUAUUCAAGUUGAUUUUGCAAUUUCAAAUAUUAGUUUAUCAAGUCGAAAUCAAACUCGUCAUAAUUUUUCUUCAUCAUUAAAUCAUAAUUCAAUUAAUCAUAAAAAAAUAAUCCAAUCUGAAACAGAUAAAAAUGCAAAUACUGAGCGUAUUUUUGAUUGGCUUAUGCAAAAUCAUCGUUCAAAGAUAAAUGAUGAUGAAGUAAAAAAAUAUUCUAAAGAACAAAUAUUGCAUCUAAAACAAAUAGAAAAUAAAAAGAAAUCAAAUGAAAUUUCUACUUCUAAUACAAAUUCUUAUCAAUUACUUCAAAAAAUCUUUCCAACAAAAAACAUUCCACUUGAAUCAGAUUCUUCAUUUAUUCAAACAGAUAUACGUUUACAAAUUUAUUCAUCUCAAUGUAAUCAAUUAAUCAAUUCAAUAUGUUUACCACUUCCAAAAUUCGCUAGAAUUUUAACAAAAUCAUCAAAUAUUUCGAAUACAUUUAAUUCAAAAGCAUAUUCAAAGGAUUUAUCAUUUCAAUUAAAUAAUAUUUCAACAAAUAAGAGUAAUGAAGAUUUAUCAUUAUGUAGAGAACUUAAUGAAAGAAUAAGAUUAUUAGAUGAACAAAUCGAUGAAUUCAAUCGAAAUAGCUGCUUGUUAUCACCAGCGAUAUGUUCUGAAAAUCCAAAUCAAACAAUACCAACAACACAUACGCAAUGUAUACAAAUAGAACGAAAUACUAUUUUGAAUGCUCAACAAACUUCACCAUGUCAUUUUACAACAGCGGCUAUAUCGAAUUCAUCUGAUUCAACACUAUCCAUUCAUAAUGCUCUAACGGCAGCGAACAAUAAUACAAUAUCAUCUACCAAUAUACUUCAAACAUUGAUGCCAGCUUCAUUUAUAUCACCACCAACAUAUACAAAUCAAUCAAGUUCACCGACAUCUAAUAAUCAAUCGACUAGAAAGCUUUCGUCAUCAUUAUCCGAUACAAAUAAUAAUUCAUUGAAUAUCUUACCUGUAAAACUUCUCGAACGACUUGAUUCAUCGGCAAAAUUUCAAUGUAAACCAAUUUUAUCACAGCAAUCUAUUAUUACUAAUGCUCCUAUAUCAUCAAGUAUCAAUGAUUCAUCAGUAAUUACCACUUCAGAAUUGAUUACAUUCAGUAGUACCAAAAGAAAUCAAAAUCACUCACCGUCAUCAAAUAUUUCACCUAUGUCACAACAGCACGUUACUGAUAAUUGCAUAAAACCAAUUGUUUUAAAAUCAAUAUUAAAAAAAUCUUGUAAUUCAUCACAAACAGAAUCGAAUGAAACGUGUAAAACAACUCAGAUAAUGUCAACAAAUCCAGUAUUUAAACCAAAAGUCAAACAAACACUAUUAUUAGAUAAGAACAAAAAAUCAAUAAACCAACAAACUCACAACCUAAUUACAAAUUAUACGGAUAAACAUCAAACCGAGAUGAAAAAAUUAUCAAAACAAUCUAUAACAUCAGUUAAUCAUGAUCAAGAAACAUUGUUAGAAAAAAUAUCUAAGAAAUCAAACAAAAAACCUAUUGAAACCAUAAUGAAAUCAUCAAAAAAUGUUAUUGAAACACCAAUAUCAUCACCUGAUAGUAAUGUGUCUCAAUCAACUGUCAAACAUCUUGAUCCAAAAACUUUAAAAAUUCCUGAUCAAUUUAAUCAAAAAGCAAUUGUAGAAUUGAAUAAAAUUCAAAAACCAAAUCUUGUACAAAAUCAUAAAAAGAUAGAAAAGAAAUCUUUAUCAUCAAUUUCUAUACAACAAAAGAAAACAUCUUUAUCAAAUAAGAAAAUUCUAAAAUGUAAACAACAGCAUCAAAACAAUAAGAAAUAUUUGGAUACAAUAGAACAAAAUUCAUUAAACAAAUCCUUAAUAUCAAUAUUAAAAAUUGAUAAGAAAAAAAAUAACCAAAAAUUAAUAAUAAAUUCUGAUGAUAACAACAAAAUCUCGAAAAAGUCCACGAAUGACACAUUAAAAACUAAAUUAAAAUUAAAACAAAGUACAUCUAUGUACGAUCGGGUUAAAAAUCGAUCAAGAACUGAAGAAAUUCAAAACAGGUUAGUUUUAUUUUAA